AAACUAUGUUGCUAACUAGUUUUGUGAGAAAGUUUUAUGAUGUGCUUAUAGCAUAAGGAUAUUGCACUGGAAGGCGAAAACAGUAAGUAGAGAUGAAAAAGACAACGUAUCACGUGAAUCCAGCUGUUAACAAAUGGGAAGAGGAGCAACGGCGCCUGAGGAUGGAGAAGAUGAUACAGCGAGCUAAAUCUACUUUGCCUCCCGAGGCUCGUGGUGCAUCAAAACCCGCCGGACAGAAGAAGCCCUCGCCCUACGCCGCGGAGAACAAUAAGCCAAUACGGAAACGGUCCACUGGAGGCGUGGGGACGCCUGGGGGAGCCGUAGCGAUGGACGUUCAGGAGCUGGACAGCCUCAUAUACAACCGAGUGCAGGAGAUCUUGGGUAUGCCGCUGAUGCGGCGUGCCGCCGUUGCACGGGAUGCAUCAAAGGGGCCAACCCCGCAGAGGACUCCCGCUUCAGCUCGGGGAGGGCGGCGUCCAGCCUGGAACAACGACUGGAGCGCUCAGGCCGGCAGUCCCCCUUUAAACAACCAGGAAAGGCCCAGUGGCGGCGGUGGACCUAGGAGCGGUGCAUCUAGCACACCUUGCGCCUUCCUAGGCGUGCUGACAGGCCACAGGAUGGCCCCCUGUUGCCGGUCUCCCCGGAUACUUGCAUGCCUGGCAAACGAGCGGGGCCAGCAACCUCGCCCAGCAUCCAGUCGCUAUGGCAGCGCCGCUGGUGCGCUGCCUAGCAGCGAGGCCGAGCAGCAGGCAGGGGAACUAUCCGGUCAACUUUUGGAACAGUCUAUGGUGGCCGCCAUAGAGGCACUCAACCCGCAAGCGUCAGCCGCACGGGAGGCGUCCAAUCGCAAUGCGCAGCACUAUUUCGCUCAGCGCGGCAGUCGCGACGUAUCGCUGAUGCAGUCGGUCACCGCGGCAGCUGGUCCGUCGCAAGGGGGUUCCGCAGGGGCAGUCGCACACGAGCACACAAGCUGCGCGUCUAAAGGGGAUGCUGAUGCAGCGGAGGAGGACGAGGACGCGUAUGCUGACGAUGAUUUUGAGGAUUAUGAUGGCACAGACGAUGAGCACGAGCGCGCGGCGCCGCCGGAGGCUGAACCGGACGCGGAGGUGGAAGCCGAGGAUGACAGUAGCGGCGCCGCUGCAACAGACAUAGCCCUGCUGCGCAACUCGGUUAACGCGCUCAAUGGAUUGGUAAAAUUAAAAAUCCAGCAAGAGCUCGCCCGCAGCCAGCAGCAGCAACAGCAAGGGGCGGACCAUGAACAGAUCCAGGAUCGUCAAUUAUUGCAGGCUGGGCAUCCCAUGGGGCCAAGCACGCGGCGGCAGAUGGCAUCGCCGGAGAUGCUGGCGUCCCUGCCGUUGGUGGGCUCUGAGGAGAGGAAUGCUCGCGAGGCCCCCGGCCCCGGAGGUCGGGAUCGCACCACCUCUAGUCUCGGGGACGGACUGCGUCAGAGCGACCUGGACUACCUGGCUCGGCUGGGUGGGGCCGAGCCGCAGGACGGGCCAGACGUGGCUACCAGUACGGAUGAGAGACCGUUUGUGAUUGAGCCUGGGGCCCCUGCUGGAACUGCAAAGGCCUGGGGUGACCGGCAGCCAUGGCUAAAUGAUAAGGGUGCGGAGGCAGGCCCCGCUGGCUUGCUCAAGCUCCGGGCCCGUCAAGAGCGGGAGAGGCAGAUGCAGGAGCAGCAGGUAGUGCCGGCAGAUGGCCAGCGGCUCAGCCGGCAAGGGCUUCAGGGUGAGGGCCGGCUGUUCGAAGGACGCCCCGAGCCUGCGAACCCGCCAUCAGCCACACGCGGGAAGGCAGCAGCUCCUGAAGACGAGGAAGAUACUGUCCUGCUUGGCGAGACUGUCACGCCCCGAAACCGCACUGGGGCGGCCGCGCAAAUGCAGGCCGUCAGCAACGCCCUGGCGGUGCUUGCAUCAUCGGGCCAACUCAGCCCCUCAGCUGCUCAGGAGCUCCGGAACCAAACGGAUGCCCUUUACGGCAGCCUGGUCCAGCUGCAUGACCUUAUGAACGGACCCCGGGGUGCGGAGCUGUGCACGUCUUCUCCGUCGAGGGACAAUGCAGCGGGUUUUACGCCAACCGCGUUAUCACCCGACGACUCGCCCAGCCAGUCCCUUAGGCAGCCCACUGGCGCAUUGGCUGCUCCACAGUCCCAGCCACAGGGAGGGCCCGUGAAGGCGAUACUGCAGAAGGGUGCGGAGAGCUCACCCGGCAGUAAGUACGAGGCGCAACCUAAACCAACGGAUGUGGUUCAUCCCCCGGGCGGCUCUGGCGCGCACUUGCAGCUCACUCCCAAACAUCGGCUUAUUGCUGAAGAUAUCGCCUGGAUGGCGGGGCUUGCGCAAAGCCUUAGCAAGAGUCUGCAGGUUGACAAGGGAGAAGUGGAGCUACCGGGUAUCUAG